AGUUUACCAAAAGAGACAAUGACCAAGAUCGGACUGAGAAACACUCCACGAUGCCAGACUCACCUGUGGAUGUGAAGACUCCGUCCAGGCUGACUCCUCCCACGAUGCCACCGCCCCCGACAACUCAAGGAGCCCCGAGAACCAGUUCAUUUACACCAACAACGUUAACUAAUGGCACAAGCCAUUCACCCACAGCCUUGAAUGGUGCCCCCUCGCCGCCCAAUGGCUUUAGCAAUGGGCCUUCCUCUUCUUCCUCUUCUUCUCUGGCUAAUCAACAGCUGCCCCCAGCCUGUGGCGCCAGGCAACUCAGUAAACUGAAACGGUUCCUUACUACCCUGCAGCAGUUUGGCAAUGACAUUUCACCAGAGAUAGGAGAGAGAGUCCGCACCCUCGUCCUAGGACUGGUGAACUCUACUUUGACAAUUGAAGAAUUUCAUUCCAAACUGCAAGAAGCUACUAACUUCCCACUGCGACCUUUCGUCAUCCCGUUCUUGAAGGCGAACCUGCCCCUGCUGCAGCGCGAGCUCCUGCACUGCGCGAGGCUGGCCAAGCAGAACCCUGCCCAGUACCUCGCCCAGCACGAGCAGCUGCUCCUGGACGCCAGCACCACCUCCCCUGUGGACUCCUCCGAGCUGCUCCUCGACGUGAACGAGAACGGGAAGAGGCGGACUCCAGACAGAACCAAAGAAAAUGGCUUUGACAGAGAGCCUUUGCACUCAGAACAUCCAAGCAAGCGGCCAUGCACCAUUAGCCCCGGCCAGCGGUACAGUCCAAAUAACGGCUUGUCCUACCAGCCCAAUGGCCUGCCUCACCCCACCCCACCUCCACCUCAGCAUUACCGUUUGGAUGAUAUGGCCAUUGCCCACCACUACAGGGACUCCUAUCGACACCCCAGCCACAGGGACCUCAGGGACAGAAACAGACCUAUGGGGUUGCAUGGCACACGUCAAGAAGAAAUGAUUGAUCACAGGCUAACUGACAGAGAAUGGGCAGAGGAAUGGAAACAUCUUGACCAUCUGUUAAACUGCAUCAUGGACAUGGUGGAGAAAACCCGGCGCUCUCUCACCGUGCUGAGGCGGUGUCAGGAGGCGGACCGAGAGGAGCUGAAUUACUGGAUCCGGCGGUACAGUGACGCCGAGGACUUGAAAAAGGGCGGCAGCAGUAGCAGCAGCCACUCCCGGCAGCAGAGCCCCGUCAACCCGGACCCCGUGGCAUUAGAUGCACAUCGGGAAUUCCUUCACAGGCCUGCUUCUGGAUAUGUGCCAGAGGAGAUCUGGAAGAAAGCUGAGGAGGCCGUCAACGAGGUGAAGCGCCAGGCCAUGACCGAGCUGCAGAAGGCCGUGUCCGAGGCCGAGCGCAAAGCCCACGACAUGAUCACCACCGAGCGGGCCAAGAUGGAGCGCACGGUGGCCGAGGCCAAGCGGCAGGCGGCGGAGGACGCGCUGGCCGUCAUCAAUCAGCAGGAGGACUCCAGCGAGAGUUGCUGGAACUGUGGCCGUAAAGCGAGUGAGACCUGCAGCGGCUGCAACACGGCUCGAUACUGCGGCUCGUUUUGCCAGCACAAAGACUGGGAAAAGCACCACCACAUCUGUGGACAGACCCUGCAGGCCCAGCCGCAGGGGGACACGCCCGCCGUCAGCUCCUCGGUCACGCCCAGCAGCGGGGCCGGGAGCCCGAUGGACACCCCACCAGCAGCCACCCCGAGGUCAACCACCCCGGGGACCCCGUCCACCAUAGAGACAACCCCUCGCUAGAUGUGAACUCCGAACUGUCCAAGGAAACACAACACAACCAACACGAAACCAAUUCUUCAUCCUCAGACGCUCGAAGUUCUUUUUGUUUGUUUGUUUGUGUGUAGGUGAACUUUCCUAUUGCAGUCCUUGAGCAAGAGAGAAACCUCCCCGGUAGGAAGACAGAGGGCCAGUCACGGGUCGUCAGGACUUAUUGUGGAUAACAAAGAGAAUCUCCUCCUUAGAGAACUGAAAAGAGAGCAGAGAAUAUAACAUGAAAUGAUAGAUUUGACCUCCUCCCUGUUAUUCGCCAGUAGCUGGGAUUUUAAACUAGAUGACCUCAUUAACCGAUGCUUUACCAAACAGCAAACCAAGAGAUUGCUAAUUGCUGUUGAAAGCAAAAUGCUAAGAUUAAGACACAGUGUUCCUGAUAUACAAUAAUGGGGGGGAAAAGAAGGAAAAAAAAAAGAGGAAAACCCUCCAGGGCAUGAGCAUUGGCUACAGUGGUAGACGUUUUAACAAGAAGAUGAAUGGCAUCCAUGGGUUGCUAACUGAACUCUGAAGACCCGCUACAAAACACACAUAUGUGCAGCAUAUUGGAAGGAGAAACAGAUGUUCGUUUUCCCCUCCCACCCCCCAGUUUCUGAAAAGAAAUAAUAUCCAGGUCAACAGAAUGAAAAAUGAAAGCUGAUUUGCAGUGGGAUGUAUGGAUACAGCAGCAAGAGAAAAAAAAAAAAAAAGCCCUAAUACAAAAAGCUCCUUUACACACACACACACACACACACACACACACACACACACACACACGUUAAGAGAUUCAGCCUGCAGUUAAUUAGCAUUCUGGCAGCUCUGACAUCAGCCGGCUGCCCUAACUAACCCAUUCCACGUUUAUUCACUUUUUCGAGAUUCCACAGAACAAGACACUGGGUCCG